UUCAGAUAAUGGAAUCACGUGAAGACAUAACAAAGCAGAAUAAACGGUGCUGAUGUGAUUAACUCCGGGAACCGAAUGAGCGAUUACCGUCUAUUGUGAAGUAUCCUGUAUUAGUAAGAACUAGCGCGUGGAAUGUAGGUUGUGUUUACUGAAGAGUCGCUCAAGUGAUCAGGUAGUAAGUUACUUUGUAUCAAGGAUGUAGCCAACUGCUUUUUACCAAGGCCUUGUACGCAACACCUACAAUAUUCUUUCCAGGACAGACUGUUGGAUUUGGAUUGUAUAAGGCUGCUGUUCAGUCGCUGUUGUUGCUCAGAUGUGCCCAGACAUUACGGACAAGAUGGACGCUACAGUUUCUGGAGGCUUACAGUACAAUAACAGAGUGUUGUUUGAACACCGAUAUCCGUGUUUACGGAGGGGAUACCUGCAUUCUCUGACUUCACAGUAAAAAGGCCUAUUGUUAAUUCACAUAUCAUAUCUGUUUAUUAGGCUAUUGGGCAGCGCGACGAAGAAGAAAUAGGAAUUCGGUUCAAAUAUUGUUUUUCAUUUGUAGGCUUCCCCAUCGAAAAGGGUGUAGGUUUAGUAUAGCCUUCAACCCCUUAAUACUGUAUUGUCACAAAGCCGUCCGUUCCAGCCAGUGAUUAGCAGAAUGACUGAUCCAAGCAGCAACACGGACUUUAUGGCUGGCUACUCCGGUAUCACCAGACCAAAUGUAGCUGGCAGUGGGUUACCUCAUCGGACGGUGCUGAACUCUCCCCCUCCUCCAGGGAGACUGACGUCCCUGCGGUCCCGAGACCUGACUCUGGGCGGGUUCAAAAAGAAAACCUUCGUACCCAAUGUCCAUUCUCUGAGGAAGAGUAAAGAUGAGUUAAAGGAAGAGGCCCAUGUUGCACCAAAGAAGGACAGAAGAGUGAGGGAGGAGAGGCACAGGGAGAGAAGAGAGUGCCCCCCUCAGAUCAUUCAGUCCCACUCCAUCUUUGAACAGGGUCCUGCAGACACAGUAAAGAAACCAGGGGGGUGGAGAGGGACCGACCUUACAGACAGCAGAUCCUCUCCUGUAGCGAAGUGUUUUAAGAAGGAGAGACGUGCCUCAGAGGAAAACGACAAUGAUAUGUUACACAAGCUUCAACGGGAUGAUUUUUUGGAUGAUCCUGGUUUGAAAAAUGAUGCCAAGAACAAGCCAAUUCAACUGCCACUGUAUCAAUCUAGCAACUUCCUGACAACAGAGGCAACAACUCCAUCAUUCAGAGCCCCUGCUACUACUAAGCCAAACCUGCCCCUUCAGUAUGGAGCAGGACAUCAGUACGGACCAGGCCAGAUCCCUCAGUAUAGACCAGGCCAUGGGGUAAGGAGCCCUGACCAGCCCUCUGUAGCAGAGCUCUUCCACCAGCUGAUGGUUUCAGAGACAGAAGAGUUGCUGUUCAUCCAGCUACCCGAUACUAUCCCUGGCCAACCAACCACAGCCUCCGUCCCAAGCCAGCCAGCCACAGCCACCGGCCAGCCAAUCACAGCCCCAGAAAGAAAUUGUAAAAAAGACUCCAAGUCCGACGGCAAGCGCACCUCUCACAUUAAAGCACCAGACGCUGCUGGUAAAGACGUUCCUGUCCUGUCAGAGUUCACAGAGGGGUUUCUGGGUAAACUACAGAUCAGGAAGUCUGGCAAGGUGCAGCUGGUGCUGGGAGACAUCACUAUGGACGUCUCAGAGGGAGCUGCCUUCUCUUUCCUACAGCAACUGGUGUCUGUGCGUCUCUCUGAGGGCCUGACUGGAGACAUGAGUAUCCUGGGGAACGUCAAGCACAAGCUGGUCUGCUCUCCAGACUUCCAGGCUCUGCUACAGGAGCCAUCACCUGACCACUCAGCACAUCUCUAACUUAUAUUCAGUUCACCUUUUUCAGCAUUAACUGUGUAGACAUUGUACAGUUUUAUUACACGAUGUGAGGAUUAACUGUGUAGAUAUUGUACAUAGUUUACUUUCAUCAUACAGCGUUUAUGUACCUUGUCGAUUCCCUCCCAAUUUGUUUUCACUGUAUAAACAUUGUGUAUAAUAUGUUUUUUUUUUAUGCAUGUAAAUGUUUAUUUAAUAAAAAUGAGAUACAAAACAUGA